GGGGGUCGCGUAAGCUUGCAAAAUGGCUGACAGCCGGGACGACGCCUCGGCCCAGCUGAAGCAGUGGCGGAGCCAGCGGGGCUCGCAGAGACCAGAUGUCUUGACCACUGGUGCUGGGAACCCAGUAGGGGAUAAGCUUAAUAUUCUGACAGUGGGGCCACGUGGACCUCUUCUUGUUCAAGAUGUUGUUUUCACUGAUGAGAUGGCUCAUUUUGACAGAGAGAGGAUUCCUGAAAGAGUUGUGCAUGCAAAAGGGGCAGGAGCUUUUGGCUAUUUUGAAGUCACGCAUGAUAUUACCCAAUAUUGUAAGGCAAAAGUCUUUGAACACAUUGGAAAAAGAACUCCGAUUGCUAUACGAUUCUCCACUGUUGCUGGAGAAUCUGGGUCAGCUGAUACCGUUCGUGACCCUCGAGGCUUUGCAAUGAAAUUCUAUACAGAAGAGGGUAACUGGGAUCUUGUGGGAAAUAAUACUCCUAUCUUCUUUAUUCGGGAUGCAAUGUUGUUUCCGUCCUUCAUCCAUAGCCAAAAGAGGAACCCUCAGACCCAUUUGAGGGACCCUGACAUGAUGUGGGACUUCUGGAGUCUUCGCCCUGAGUCUUUGCAUCAGGUGUCUUUCUUGUUCAGUGAUCGUGGUAUUCCUGAUGGCUACCGCCAUAUGAAUGGAUAUGGAUCACAUACUUUUAAACUGGUUAACGCUAACGGAAGAGCCGUUUAUUGCAAAUUCCAUGUGAAGACUGACCAGGGCAUCAAAAAUCUCCCUGUUGAAGAAGCAGAAAGAUUGGCUUCUACUGAUCCCGAUUAUGGAAUACGUGAUCUUUACAAUGCUAUUUCCAAGGGGGACUAUCCAUCGUGGUCUUUCUACAUUCAAGUUAUGACGUUUGAAGAAGCAGAGAAGUUUCCAUUUAAUCCUUUUGAUUUAACUAAGAUUUGGCCACACGGUGACUACCCUCUCAUCCCUGUGGGAAAGCUUGUCUUGAACAGGAAUCCCGUCAAUUACUUUGCAGAGGUAGAACAGAUGGCCUAUGAUCCUAGCAACAUGCCACCUGGUAUUGAACCUAGCCCUGAUAAAAUGCUGCAGGGUCGUCUUUUUUCGUAUCCUGACACUCAUAGACACCGCCUGGGACCUAACUAUCUACAAAUUCCUGUGAACUGCCCCUUCAGAACUCGUGUGGCCAAUUACCAGAGGGAUGGGCCAAUGUGUGUUUCUGACAACCAAGGUGGUGCCCCAAAUUAUUAUCCAAAUAGUUUUACUGGUCCAGAAGAUCAGCCUGUGGUAAAGGAAAGCCGCAUGUCUGUGUCCGGAGAUGUGCAGCGCUUCAAUAGUGCCAAUGAAGAUAAUGUGACUCAGGUGCGAGAAUUCUAUACCAAAGUGCUGAAGGAGGAUGAACGCCAAAGGCUGUGUAAAAAUAUUGCUGAUCAUCUUAAAGAUGCACAACUCUUCAUUCAGAAGAGAGCUGUGAAAAACUUCACUGAUGUUCAUCCUGACUAUGGUGCCCGUAUUCAGGCUUUGCUGGACAAAUACAAUGCUGACAGCGGGAAAAAGGAUGUAAUUAGGACAUAUACACAGUCCACAUCUCGUAUGUCUGCCAAAGAAAGAUCCAACUUGUAAAGCGUGCUGCAGAGAUUUACUCUGAAUUUUGCGUCCUUACAGCUGCAGGACAACCUGUUGAAGAUGUUCAUGAAUGCAGCAGAAUUCCGCACAAAUAUAGAAGUGGUUUACAGGCUUGAUCUAUUAAACUUUCAGGUGCCUGUAUCUGUAUUGGAAACUAGGUAACAGAAACUAAUAAUCCUAGUGCCUUUCAACACUAGUGCUUUACUGCUUGUUAACAACAUACGGUGUUUUUAAGGAAAUUGAUGAUUAAAAACUAUCUUCAAUUAAAGAAGCAAACAUAAGUUUAAUCAAAAUACUGUUUCACUUUUUUUUAUUGUAAAACCUUCCUGGCUAAAUCACACUAUAGAACUUCUUUAAUGACACUGUGAUUAUCCUUACAGAUCAACUUUUUAACAUGAAUGAGUUUAAGUUGCUCAAUAUUUCUAAUAAAAUAGUUAUCUGUAUGUAUUUG